GUGCAGUGUGUGCCCGCCAGGUCGACUGCAGACCCAGACACCGUGCAGACACCACUGGACGACAGCCGCCAUGCUACGCACGAGGCAGCCACCUUGGACCGCGCUGCUGCUAUCGGUGGUGGCAGCGUGCAGCGCGGCGCAUGCGCAGUUCGUGGGGGAGGAGUGCGCCCUGCUGCUGGACGGGCCGGGCCGCACCAGCGCCUUCGACUACGCCCUCAACGCCCUGCGCGGCUCCUUCGGCUACAACGGCCAACAGACGUGCAUCACGUACGACGCCGUCAACCAGGCGUACCUGCAGGCCAGGAAGCGCAUCAAUGUGGCACAUCCAAAGGCACAUAUCUGGAAGGCUGAGGAGGUGGCAACGGUGGGCGAGCUGCUGCUUGAUAUCUCCAUCAAUUUGGCAAAGACAUAUGGUCUGACCUACGAAGAGAUCGAGAAGGGUCUGCCACUGAUCGACACAUCCAAGACGCUGAUCCGCGAGGUGUGUCCACCAUUCCUGUCCAACGUGGAGUGCAGACCCGGCAAGUACCGCCGCUUCGACGGUCUCUGUACCAACUUGCAGCAUCCAACCUGGGGUGCCAUCAUGACUCCUUUCAGCAGGUUGGUGGGCCCGCUGUACGCUGACGGCAUGACGGCGCCCCGCAUCAGCGUGUCGGGCAACCAGCUGCCGCUGCCCCGGAUCGUGUCCCGGACGAUGCACCCCGACGAGGGCUACCACGACCACGCGGGCACCGUCAUGGUCAUCGCCUGGGGGCAGUUCAUGGACCACGACUACACACUCACCGCCACGCCGCUCGACCCCAUUAACCGCAACGAGCCAGAGGAGUGCUGCCACCGGCCGCCGCACCUCCGCAACCCCUACUGCCUGGACAUCCUCAUUCCAGAGGACGACUACUUCUACAGCCUGUUCAACGUCCGUUGCCAGGACUUCGUCAGGGGUUUCCCCGGAGCGAGGCCCGGCUGCAGACUCGGCUCCAGGGUGCCGUUCAACACAUUAACUGGCGUGCUCGAUGGCAACACGGUGUACGGAGUCACAGAGAAGUUUGCCAGGCACCUACGCGCCGGCUACGGCGGUCUGCUACGCAUGAACCCGGUGUUCAACGAGUUCGGCCUCAAGGACCUGCUGCCACUCAAGCUGGAUAUCCCGGAUGAGGGCUGCACGCGGCCCAACAGGUCCAUGUACUGCUUCGAGGGAGGUGAGAUUCGAGUGAACGAGCAGCUGGUGCUGGCGUGUAUGCACACGCUGAUGGCGCGGGAGCACAACCGCCUCGCCAACGGACUCGCCCAGGUCAACCCCCACUGGGACGACGAGACGCUCUUCCAGGAAGCACGUCGUAUCGUCAUAGCUGAGAUCCAGCACAUCACAUACAACGAAUUCCUGCCCAUCAUUCUUGGCAAGGAGGUCAUGGAGAAAUUUGGUCUUCUCUCGCAGAAAGAGGGCUACUGGGACGGCUACGACCCGAACGUGAACCCAGGCGUGAUCGACGCGUUCGCCGGCGCCGCCUUCCGGUUCGCGCACUCGCUGCUGCCCACCGCCGUAGAGCGCUGGAGCAAGGCCCACAGGUUCAUCGCGUCCAAGCGGCUGUCUGAACUGAUCCGCAAGCCGUACGACCUGUACCGAGCUGGAGUGAUCGACGAGUACUUCAUGGGCCUCAUGAACCAGGUGGCCCAGGCCGUCGACGACUCCGUCACUCAGGAGGUGACCAACCACCUCUUUAAGAAGCCUGGAAUGAGGUUCGGUCUAGACCUCGCGUCAUUCAACAUGCAACGCGGUCGAGACUUCGGCCUUCCGGGAUACAUGGAGUUCAGGAAGUUUUGCGGAUUGCCUGGUGCUGAGACAUUCGAGGAGCUUUUCGGCAGCAUGUCCAACGAGACCAUAAGGAAAUACGCCGCCAUCUACCAACACCCGAGCGACGUGGACCUGUGGUCGGGCGGUCUGUCGGAGCAGCCACUGCCGGGCAGCAUGGUGGGCCCCACGUUCGCCUGCAUCAUCGCCACGCAGUUCAGCUACUCCCGCCGAGGGGACCGCUUCUGGUACGAGCUGCCCAACCAGCCCUCCUCCUUCACGCCAGAGCAACUGCAAGAAAUUAGAAAAAUUAAGCUGUCUAGAGUGGUUUGCGAUAAUACAGAUCUCAUUGACACCAUACAGAUCUAUCCUAUGGUGCUGCCUGAUCAUGAGAUCAACCCACGAGUGCCGUGCCGCAGCGGAGUGAUCCCAAGCAUCGACCUCACCAAGUGGGCAGAGUUCGCUGUGCCUUCGGCGCCGGCAGCCACCUACGUCAGCAACAUCGCCUCCGUGUUCGACGUGCUCGGCAGGAGGAAGAAGAAGUAAAGCAGAAGUGGCGGCUAAUCCAGAAUGUACUGGUGUCUGGUCAGCACCGGCAUUCUGCGACUUACUCGAACAGAUGACGGGGAUCACGAACCGCUGCUAGGGGGCUGUGCAUCAGACAGCAUCUUGGGCCAGCUACGUCGACAGCCACGCCGUCGAAGGUUGUGUCAGUGCCAACUCGUGCAGUCUCUCUUACCUCCCAAAGUACCACCCACUCGACAGCACGUGUCACACAUGUACGCCAGUCACAUGCAGCGGAAUUCUCAAUCUGCACGUACUCUUUAACAAUGCUGUGUUUACAAAUGAGAAGUGAAGUAAACUGUGGUUGAAAACUGCAACAAACAUAACACGAACGGUCGUAAGGCAUACUGCCUAGUGGCUGCUCAAGGACCAAUUAGGUCCGUGUAAUAAACUAUUUUGUUAAGUUUCUUCUCGUUACUAUUUCAAGAGAGUAUUCAUUGCUCCUCCUACAGUAUGCCAUAAUCGUCUUUUGCAGUGUGUCGACUUUGGCUCAACGAUUUGUUCCUUUUUACAGAUUACAUAUUCCCGAUUUCGUUUAUAUUCAUCCAUGAGUUUCAAAACAAUCUUACGAAUCUCAAGCGACUGUGGACGCUUACAUAUUACAUUUAAUAUUCAACUAUCAUCUUCUGUGAAGCAAGAUAUUAGUCAUGUCAGUCUUCGCAAUUGCUACGACUAACGAAAAAGUGUAUUGUGUCAAAACUCCAAAUUGUGCUACGUUUGACAAUUCCCAAGAACUAUUUGUAAAAUACCUUUUGGGGUUGUAAGAAAAUAUUUAUUUGGCUUCAGUAACAUUACACAGCUGUUGUGACAUUCUCUGACAGAUAAUGAAUAAUCAUUCCAUACUAAUACCAUAAGGUCUUGGUUUCUUGUAUCAUAAAACACGCUAGAGGUAGUUAUAUAUUUUUGUAUGUCUGUGUAUGUAAACGAAUAAUUAACGAACGAAAUGUAAUAUACUCGUAUGUUAAGUUGUUUAUAUAGUUACAAUAUCUGUAAACAAACUGUAUAUAAGAAUCUGAUGCAGAACCUUUGGUGUCAGCAUGUAAAAACAUAAGUUUAUCCUUUUUUUAUCGCUUAUACAUAAUUUGAGUAUUAAAUUUCUUAUAUUUAUUAUA